CGGCAAAUAAAGAAUCAUGACAUGUAAUAAUAUGUUUGUAUAACUAUAAGACUAAUUCGGGUACGAAACAAGUAGUCGUACACGUAAAUUAACUCUAGGUUAAUAGAAAUAAAUAAAUUUAAAUAAAAAUGUCACCUUCAAAGUCUGAUAAAAGUUCAAAUGGAACCAAGUGUGUUUCUAGUAUAUGGAGCCGCGCAAUAACCGCUAAUUCGGAGUGGCCUGACAAGGAUGAAUUUUUGGAUGUUAUUUACUGGAGCCGUCAAGUUAUUGGAAUUAUUUUAGGAAUUGUGUGGGGUCUUAUUCCUCUUAAAGGUUUUGUAGCACUAGCACUGUUCGCUUUUUUCAAUGCGGGUUCUACGUACGUGUAUAUGAGUAGUUAUCAGCAAAUAGACGAAGAAGAAUUCGGAGGAGUUUGGGAGUUAACUAAGGAAGGUUUUAUGACUUCUUUUGCUGGAUUUUUAGUCACCUGGAUAAUAAUUUACUCCGGUUUGCAUUUUGACUGAAGAAACUCCCACACCAAUCAAGAAUCAAUUAUCAAAUUGAGUAUUGAUUAAUAAUGAUGCUCAGUUACUCAUUAAUUAAUUAAAUUCAGUGUAAAUAAUUUAUUGAAUCAACGUAAAUGUGCCUACUGACUACUGUAAUAUAUUAAUUCACAUUUGACAGUUGAAUUUCUCAGAAAAUCAAU